AUGGUUUUUUUUGGAAGGUAUGGAAGGGUAGGGUAUGGUAGGGUAGGGUAAGGUAGGCGUGUUUUUAUGGUUUUAAAACUUUCUCUGUAGUCGCCAUUGCAGUAAUUUUUAAAUUUUUAAUAAAAAAUAACCCAAUCUCUUCAACUUCAGGUCCACAUAUUCUGUGAGGCAGUGGAAUUGCCAACGUCUCCAAUCUUUCUCACGGUACGAUCAAGUUCACCAGCCUCGGAUCAGAAGGGAAGACCGCCCAGUCCAAUGGCGGAUUACGAUCAGCCUCACGUCGGAAAUGUCUCGUUCUCCGGACUAAACGAGCCUUGCUCGGUGGGCAGUCAUGUCGAAGUUGUGGUAGGUUUUUAAAGAUUUUUGGUAUAGUCUGGGCAGGGUAAAAUUGAUUUUUCUGAUGAAAACAGGGCGGGGUAAAACUGAUUUUUAUGACAGAAUCAGGGCGGGGUAAAAUUGAAUUUUGUGAUGACAACAGGGCGGGUGAAACUGAGUUUUGUGGUAAAAUCAGGGCGGGGUAAAAUUGAUUUUUAUGAUAAAAUCUGGGCGGGGGUAAAAUUGUUUCUAUAAAUUUCGAAGGUGGACAAAUGAAAUAACAUAGUAAAGUAUAGGUAACAUAAAAGUAACAUUUUUUUGGGCAGUGUAAGAUUUUUUUUGGGCGUGGUAAAAAAAUUUUUGGGCGGUGUGAAAUGUUUUAUUUUGUUUUGUUUUUAAUAAAAGCAAUACUUUCAAUUUGUAGUUAAAAAGCGUACCACCGAUGUGUUUCUCUAUAUUUAUGUAUUUGUUUGUAUUUCUUAUCAAUGUUCUUGAAAAGCCUUAUCAGCAUCGAAAUUUAACUCCAAUUUGGCGUCACAAAUCUGAGAAAAAAUAUUUUUUAUGGGCAGGGUAGUGUAAGGUAAAAAUUUCAGGAUUUUAAAAAAGGAAUUGACGAAUUUACAGCGUAUUUUACAUAAAUUUCUAUUUAUUUUUGACACUUUGAAAAACCGAUAAAAAUUGUGACAUUUCGUCAUAAGAUUACAAAAUUAACAACUUGUAAUGCUGUACUAAAUUGACUUUGAAUGGGAGUGAACGUAAGGCGAGGUAGGGUAGGGUAAAGUAGGGUAGGGUAGGGUAGGGUAGGAAUCAUAAUUGAACUUAACAUAACAGAAUAUUGUACUAACUUCUUUCCAAUUUCAGAUCAAUGCGCAAGGCGGGAGCGCCCAACGUAGCGAAGUGAGUGUGUUAUCAGUGGCGCCGAGCGGCAAACGGCGAGAAUGCAAAGUCACUCACCAGGCCAAUUCCUUCACCGCCAUUUUUCAGCCGGACGAAGUGGGUGAGUCGAACUUUUGAUAUUGAUAUUGGAGGGUUAUGUUAAGCUAGUUUCUCUAUAUUUGUUCUAAUUUAAUUAAAAUUUCUAUGCUAUGUUAAUAUUGGCAAUAUAAUACCUUCUGAAGCAAUAUUUGGAUCUAAAACAGUGUUUGAAUGCUAUUUUUUGCUAUAAUUUUGCUGUUAUGAUGACUUUAAUCAUUGCUUUUGGGCUUAAUUAAAGUUUUUUUUUAUAAAAUGCUAAUAAGGUCCGCCUCUCAUGCAGGUCAGUGGCAAAUUGGUAUUGUUUAUGCUGGAGAACACAUACAAGGCAGUCCAUUUGAUGUCCAAGUGUUUGAUGCUGAUCGAGUGAAUGUUUAUGGUCUUGACGUUGGACUAGUAGGACAAGAACUCAAGUUCACAGUAGAUGCACAACAAGCUGGAGAAGGAGCAGUUAAAGUGGGUUGCUUUUGGUUAUAGUGUUUUUGGCUUUAGGGCUUUGAUGUGAAUUUCUGUGGAGAAUACGAAGGGCAUGAUAGGAUAUUGUAUUAUAGGGGAAGGUACAAUAAGUUAAGAUAGGUUGGUGUGGGCUAGUGUAGAAUAGGAUUGCGAACUGUAUGAUAGGAUAGAGUAAGGAAAGUCAAGUUAAUGGUAGGGUAGUGUAGGGUAGCGCAGGAUAGGGUAGGGUAGGGUAGGGUAGAGUGGGUAGGAUGGGGUGGGGUAGAGUAGGGUAGAGUAGUCUAGGGUAGAUUACAGUAGGGUAGAGCAUCCUAGAGUAGGAUACAGUAUGGUAGAGUAAGGUAAGGUGGACUAGGGUAGGUUACAGAAAGUAGGGUAACAUAGGGUAGUUUAAGGUCGGAUAAGGCAAUAUAUGUGUAGUAGACUAUAGCUAGAUUCUAAUUUUAACAUUUUAGGUAUCAAUAUUCAAAAACAACAAACAAAUCCCGUGUGGAGUAGUGGAAGAAGGCACGAGGCAUAGGUAUCGAGUACAUUUCACACCAGACGGUCCAGCACGCUACGAAAUUCACAUUACUUUCAACGGAAUGGAGAUCAAAGGUAAAUCUUUAUCUAAAAGUUUUUAAAAUCUGUAUUUUAAGUUCAAAAUUUGUUAUUUUAAUUUAAAAUUGCAAAAUUAAUUUAAAGCGAUAUAAAAGUGCAUUUCAGGUUCCCCAUUCAUUUUGGACAUUGCUGAUGCCAGCCAAGUCUCUGUCCACGGCGAUUUCUUAAAAACGGCCGCUGUGGACAAAAUGGCGCACUUUUUUGUUAAUGCUAUUGGCGCAACAGCUAAAGACUUGAAUGUGGUCAUCACAGGUAAGUUCACAAGCUUCAUUUUGACAGUUUUUAAUUUGCACGCUUCUAACUGCUAUCUUGGACUUCUAACCUUUAACAUUAGGUUGUUCAAAUGAUUCUGUGCCUCUCUUUAAGCAAAAUUUAGGGGUUAGGGGCACAGAAUUACUUGAAUGGAUAAGGAACAUCUUUUGAGUACUUCUAUCUUACUUUUAAUUUUUUUCUAACAGUACUGUAACUUUUUGAAGGAAGAAUAGUACUUAAAUUCUUCUUUUCUAUCAUGAUCUAAAAAACGAUUGUAAUAUUUGAAUAUUACACUUGAUAUCAAAAUGUACAGGUAUUGGUACUAAAAAGUACUUUAAUAAGGUCUACGUAACCCUGUGGUACUAAUGUAAAUAUCAAAGGGUACAAUAAUGGAUUAAAACAGUACUAGUACCUCUGCAGUACUGUAAUUAUAUUUUGUUCAACCUACAGUAAAAGUAUGUUACAGUACAGUAAAAAUAAAAUUUAAUUUUUUGAUCAAAAAUAUUGUCAUUAUUGUAUCAUAUUGUCUGCUAAACGCUCGCUUAUAACCAAUUUUCUUGGGCGGAUUGAUCGCCUUCUUAAGGACCAUCAGGAAAGCAGAAGCAUGCCAAAGUGGCGGCCAUUGAAAACAAGGCUUUUCGAGUCGAAUGGAAACCGGUGGAAGUUGGUAAGUUUUCAAUAUUGUUUCCAAAAAUGCCAUUUUUUAAUGUUGUAUUAAAUUUGAAAUAAAAUGUUUUAUAAAAAUCACUUUUUCGACCAUCAAACCAUCUAAAACAAUAUAAAUUAAUGUUCAAAACGUUGUUUUUCAGAGGUAAAAACAAUUUUGAUUGUGCAAAUUUGCAGGUGAACACAAAAUCGAUGUCCAACUGUACGACCAGUCAAUAUACGACCAACAUUUACUGUGCAACGUGGGCGAUCCGGAGCUGGUCACCGUCCGCAACAUACCUCAAUAUAUUGAUCUGAACAAAAUUGGCCAGGACUUGAGUUUUGAAAGUAAGUUUUGAGGAAGUUAUUAAAUAUUGACUUUGAGUAAUGGAUUUUAUUUUUAAAUUUAAAAUUUAGAAAAAAUUUUGUUUGACGUGUGGAAUUUUUAAAAAAUGGCUAAAAAUUUCAAAAAUUUGGGAAAAACAGGGAUGGCGUUGGAUUACUGUAACUUUUUAAAUUUGACAAGUUUUAAAAUUUUCUUUAUAUGUCCUUUUAGUCCAUAUUUACACAACGUUUUAAGCCCACAACUAUAUUUUGAAAAAAGUUAUGACGAAAACUAGAACGCGAUGUUCUUCACCUACUAUAAUAUACCUUUUUUUGCUUUUAUCUCGACAAAAUCUAAUGUUUCAAUCAAGAGCUUUUAAAAUUCUAAAAUCUCUGCAAUCCUAAAACAACAAAAAAGCAAAACCUUGUUUACGCAUCUCUUUUCUCACCUCAAAAUCAGUAAAAAGUAACAUUAACCCCCACCAACAACAUUAUUCUUGUAGUUGAUGCGGCAGCGGCGGGGUCCGGCAAUCUCGAGAUCAUAAUCAACGGCGGUCGGGUGACAUGCCGUGUCCGCGAGCUGGCGACUCGACAUUUCCUCGCCGAAUUCACACCUCUACAGCCCGCACCUCAUGUUAUUGAGAUGAAGUUCAAUGGGGAACAUGUUCGCGGAUCACCAUGGACAUUACCGAUCAGGAAUGGUCAAGGAUCGGUCGAGUAUUCGUCGGGUUCGGGGAUUCGACAGCUUAGAAGUCAACAUGUUGAGGAUGAACCGUGAGUUUUGACUAAACUGGCAUUUUUUAUUUUUGUGGACGAAAUGUCACAAAUUUUAUUGGUUUUUUUGCGAAAUGUCACAUUUUUUGUAAAAUACGAAAAAAUUUUUAACAAUUCUAAUUAGUACGUAAUAAUGGUUUCAAAAAAAUGUUGAAAAAAAAUUUUGAAAAUUAGACGAUAUGCCACAUUUUUUAUCGAUUUUUGCAAAGUGUCAAAGCUUUUAUUGUCUUUGUAAAAUACGUAUCCUAGUUUCUUCAAUAUUGUUAUGGUUAAAAAUUUUGCGAUUUUAGGUAUUCUGAAUUAGUAGGAGUUGGCCUGCACCGUGCUCAAGUCAAUUCAGUCAGUGCUUUUGAAGUCAACGCUUCUACUGGAGUUUUGAAGGCUUCUGAUGUCAGGGUUAGGCUUACUGGUAAGAUUUUGGAAACUUAAAAGUUUAUUUUACUUUUUUUUUAUCCCAACCUCACCUUAUUCUAUCCUACCUAAAUUUGCUCGACCCCACUUUACCCUACCCUACGUUAACCUGUCUUAUGUAAUCCUAUCACAACUUAUGUUAUUGUAGACGCCCACGGAGCAAAGUUAGACGUUCGAAUAUUCGAACAAAGGAACGGUGUACGAUGUGAAUACACAGUGAAAAAGGUCGGUGAUUAUUUACUGGAGAUUUUCAUAAAUAAUCGACUGAUCGACUCGGGUCCAUUGACUGUCACUGGCUACGACUUGAACAAGAUUAAGGUGCAGCCGGUCAAAGAUGGCGCUCCUGGAGAACCAGUACAGUUUGUCGGUGAGUUUUUGAGUUUGAAAAGUUGUGGUUUUGAGCUUUUUAAAUUUUAAAAUUUGAAAUUUUUUAAAAUUGGUUAAAAAUGCCAUUUUAAAAUGAAAAACAAUCAAAAAGUAAACAAAAUUCAGCUUUAACUCAACAGAGAUUAAUUAAAAAACCAAUUUUAAAUUUGAUUUUGAUAAUUUAUGGGGCGUAUAUUAAUAUGCAUGGAACGGAAUGUGUAAAGGGGUCAUGUACAAUAUCAAUAUUAAUGUUUGUUUAUGCAAGAGAUGGGCUUGAAACAAUUAAAUAUCGUUUUUUAUUUUUGGUAAAAGUAAAAUACGAUGCUUGUAGGUAUUGUUUUAAAAAUUAAUUUUUUUAAAUUUAAAAAUUUUUUGGGAAUUUUAUUUAUUAAAAAUGAAGUUUUUAAAAUUUUUAAAGCUAAAAAUCCUAUUUUUAACAGCAGACUCUAGUAGACCAAAAAAUUGAAACCACCUGACCGCAACCCAAACCUUUUUUAAAACAAAUUGUUUUACAACAUUGUAAAAGUAGCGACGUCUGUUUCAUCGACGUUCGAAACAGGUCGAGGGAUUCUCGUUUCGACUCUUUUUUUGUGUUCGCAGCCACUUUUCUACGCUUACUUGACCAAGAAUGUUUACAAAUUUAUGGGCUUUUUGUUGGCGCAAAAGUUUUGGGUUUAUUUAGUGGAAGGGGUAGGUACUAGUUUAUUACUAGUGGAGAGAGGGUAGUUACUAAAUGCUUUGCUGACUUAGAGAAAUCUUUAAGAAACUUUUGUGGCCAGAUGGACAUAAGCUUAUUGUUCUACCCUGAAAGCUUUUCUCUAUUCUCAACGCUAGCCUAGAUCCGCAAAGGGGCUGGGGUGAGGACCGAGGACAGGUUGGGCUUUGUGGGCCUUUUUUAAAUCUACCUCAGCCUCAAUUGUAGCUUUUGCUAUCGUCCAAGCCCACGUUUCUCAAACCUUAGCUCUUAUUAUAGCCCUUCCUUUAGUUUAGGAUUGUUCUAG